AUGGCCGGGUCUGGCCAAAAUCAUCAACAAACAAAAUAUUCGUUUUUUCAUUCGAAUAACUCAUCUCUAGUCGGUAAUAAAACAUCAUCUGUAUGCACUACAACAUACCAAGAUCAAUCGAUGAUGAGCUCGUCGGCAUCUCCUUGGUAUCAUCCAUCAGCUGUCAGCGGUGAUAACGAAGAUUCAGCAUUUUGUGAUGGAAACAAUUUAUCUACUGAACCAGUAACAACAAUGAAUAAACAACCAUCAUCUUUAUCAUUAAACACUGAUUGUACAUAUCCAAAUCAACAACCAUAUGAAAAUUAUGGACACUUUUUUGUUAAAAAAACCUUUCAUAAACCAACAUAUUGUCAUCAUUGUGUCGAAAUGUUAUGGGGACUUAUUGGACAAGGAUAUUAUUGCGAAGUAUGCAAUUUUAUUUGUCACGAUCGUUGUCGAAAAUAUGUCAUAUCGCCAUGCUCAAGCAUUGCACCUAUACUUAUAAAAAAUCCCGUGUGUCACAUAUGGUCGGAUAUAUCCCGGUUUAAACGUAAAUUUUGCAAUAUAUGUCGAAAACGACUCGAAGACUUCUCAGCUGUUCGAUGUGAAGUAUGCGAAUAUUAUGCACAUGAAGAUUGCAAAGAUUUUGCUGUUAAUGACUGUCGCGAAACAGCUACCUAUGUACCAUCCAGAGACAAUUCAACAACCCCUGUGCGUCAUCAUCAUCAUUGGCGCGAAGGAAACUUACCAACAAAUUCUAAAUGUGCCAUAUGUCGAAAGACAUGUUGGUCCAGUGAAUGUCUUUCCGGCAUGCGAUGUGAAUGGUGUGGAAUAACAACGCAUAGUACAUGCCGUUCACGCGUACCCGAAGAAUGUGGCUUUGGUACACUAAGAGAUAUAAUCAUCCCACCAUAUGCUAUAUCAAUUCCCCGCAUAGCUGAUCUUAAUAAAGAUCUUAUAUUAGGUAUUGGUAAUAAUAUGUCCAAACCAAUCCAGAAUACAUCAAAUAAUAAUUCAAUUCCACAAACAUCAGAUUAUGUUAUUGUUGGUUCAUCAAGUACAACUGAUUCAAAAAAUGCAGGCCUAAUCAUGCGAAGUUCAUCGACAGAACAUCCAUCAGGCGGUGAUCUUGAAGCAGGACCUGCUUCUACCGAAAAAGAACCUCGAAGUCGAGCAGCAGAAACAUAUGCAAGUGGAAAUGUGCAAAUGGAAAAUAUGACAAUUCAAUCUGGUAAACCGAAACAUGUGAAACCGAGUAAUAAAAAUCAACAAGAUGAAGAAGAAGAACGAGAAAUAAUCAAAGUUUAUGAUGGUAAUGCAACAUAUCGUAAUGGCACUCCCCGUUCUAUUUCCGUUCCUAAACAAGCGAGUUAUACCCAAAUCCUGGAGGCUGCACUCCGUACAUUCCAUAUUAAUGAUGAUUGCACAAAAUAUUGCAUUACUAUACCCACAGAUGAUGUUGGUGGCGAUCAACCCCUUGAUGAAAUAGCACCAUUGAAAACUCUCAAACAAACAUUUGGCCGUACACUCAAUACAUAUAUUCGAUAUAAAGAACGAGGUGAUAUGGAUUUCGAUUAUGUUCGAGUCUAUCCUGGCAUUCUUAAAACACAUGAUUGUUUUAAAGUAAUUAAAGUAACAUCAUCAAGUACAACAUCCGAAGUCAUUGCUAAAGCUCUAUCUGACUUUGGCUUAACGAAUGUAAAUGCUGAAAAAUAUUCGCUGGUCGAAGUUUUACUCAUCUCGAAUGUUAACUAUACAGAUCGAAUACUAGAACCUAAUGAAUAUCCUUUACACGUCUUACGACAACAGAGAAAAGAAUCUGUUCGUAGUCAUCGUGUAACACGUUUUUAUUUACAACACAAAGAUGAUCCACACGGACCAUCUGUUUCAUUAUUUGUCGGCAAUUUACCUCCCGGACCUCGUACAGAAAAACAAUAUGAAAAAAUUCUCUUUCAAGAUAUAUUCAAAUCUAAUAAAGAUUUAAAAUGGGAUAAUAUGGAUGUCAUUUAUUAUGAACAUGGGGCAAUGGUUUUAGUUUAUAAUGAUAGUGAUCGUGCAACACGUGCAUAUACUAUUUUACGUCAAGCAUAUCAUGAUCAAAAACAAUUAUUAGUAUUAAUGUUACCGAAUAUUCAACCACAAGUUAUAUCAUCGAAUAUUAGUCCAUUACUUGUUUUUGUUAAUGUUAAAUCAGGUGGACAACAAGGAGCAGAAUUAAUAACUAAUUUUCGUCAUUUACUUAAUCCACAUCAAGUAUUCGAUUUACAAAAUGGUGGACCAUUACCAGGUCUUUAUGUAUUUCGUAAUAUUCCACAUUAUCGUAUAUUAGCAUGUGGUGGCGAUGGAACUGUCGGUUGGGUAUUGAGUUGUUUAGAUAAUGUUGGACAAGAUGCUUUAUGUCAAUCGCCACCUGUUGGUAUUGUUCCGCUUGGUACCGGAAAUGAUUUAGCACGUGUUUUACGUUGGGGAUCAGGUUAUGCAGGUGGCGAAGAACCUUUAGCAUUGCUCAGGGAUAUUGUUGAAGCUGAAGAAAUUAAACUUGAUCGUUGGACUGUGGUUUUUCACCAAGAUCAAGAUAAACGUUUACCAACAGUACCAGAAAUUAAUAGUGGAAAAUCAACGUCAGCUGUAAGAAAAGCAGAAGAAAAUAGAAAAAAUAUACGAAAACUUAAUUUACCACCGCCAUCAAUUACAGUACCGCUUGUCUCACAAGAAGGUUCAACAAGUGAAGAUAAAACAGAAAUGUUUGUUAUGAAUAAUUACUUCGGUCUCGGUCUUGAUGCUGAUAUAUGUUUGGAUUUUCAUAUGGCACGAGAAGAAAAUCCAAAUAAAUUUAAUAGCCGAAUUCAAGCAAAAGGUUAUUAUCUUAAAACUGGCAUAAGAAAAAUGAUGAAGAAAGGUGGUUUAAAAGAUUUUACACGUGAUAUUGUAGUUGAAGUUGAUGGCAAACGUGUAGAUCUACCACAACUGGAAGGCAUUGUUAUUAUGAACAUACUUAGUUGGGCAAGCGGAGCCAAUUUAUGGGGACAUGAAAAAGAUGAGAAAUUUAAUCGGCCAACACAUUACGAUGGAAUGUUAGAAGUAGUUGGUGUUACUGGUAUUGUGCAUCUUGGACAAAUUCAAUCGGGUAUUCGUUCCGGUGUUCGACUUGCUCAGGGUGGACAUGUUCAUAUUCGAAUGAACAAUGAUUAUCCAGUUCCAGUACAAGUUGAUGGUGAACCUUGGCUUCAACCUCCUUGCGACAUAACUAUCAUUCGAUCUGCACUCAAAGCAACAAUGCUUCGUAAACGUAAAUCUAAAAUCAAACGUCGAAAUACAGAGCCAAGUGUCUUUUUUCCUGAUGUAGAUGAUGACUCAAAAGGUUGA